UACCCAUUCAUCAGAUGAGCGUGAACCGAUCACUCAACAGUUGUCACCUCUGAAUGCCAAUAUUCUUACAAUAGAAAUCUGAAAUCACUUUCGUCGGUGUAGAUAACGUCACCAACAGGUGCAUGAAAUAACGCCACUCGCAGAUACAUGCACACAAGUGUCAUUGUCACAACUGGCCCGAAAUCACCGGAAACGUGAUCGACUAACCGUGAUUUAUAUAAAAAAUUGUAAUGUUAUCAAUGAUGUUUGUCGUCUGAAUUGAAGAUUAUGGACGGAAAACUUUCUCCAAAACCGCGGUCGAACGAAGAAGUUAUAGAUCAGCUGACAAAAGAUUUAAGCAGCUCUUGUUCAACGAUGAGCAAAGAGAGCGAUGGGGACUGUAGACAGAGCACCUAUUCAGAAAUUCAUGAAGAAGACGAAGAAGCAACCCCUAACAAGGAAGAACUAGAAACAAAUUCUCAGGAAAUGCUAGAUGAUCUCGUCGACGAAGAGGCAUUAAAAGACAGGGAGAUCGGACUGAGCGAGACUGACAAAGAUAGCCUGAGAAAAGAAGCUGAGACCUUAAAGAACGAGGGUAACUCACUCUUUAAAAUUGGAGAGUUUAAACAGGCAUCGUCUGCCUACACACACGGAUUACAAACCUGUCCACUAGCAUUUAGCAAUGACAGAUCUAUUCUGUAUGCCAACCGGGCAGCUGCAAAGUCUAAUUUAGGGGAAAUAGAAUUAGCGAUAACGGAUUGCAGUAGGGCCGUGGAAUUAGAUACGAAUUACGUUAAGGCAUACCUAAGGAGAGCUCGACUCUACGAGCAGUCGGAAAAAUUGGACGAAGCUUUGGAAGACUUUAAAAAAGUUCUAACCUUUGACCCGCAACACGUGGAAGCAAAUCGUGCCAUAAGGACACUACCAGCGGCGAUUCAGGACAAGAAUGAGAAAUUGAAGGCCGAAAUGCUGAGCAAAUUUAAAGACCUUGGAAAUAUCAUGCUAAAGCCCCUUGGCCUUUCGACGGAUAACUUCAAACUCGAAAAAAACCCCGACGGCGAAGGAUACUCGGUUAAGUUCCAACAGAAUCUAAAUUAAGAAGCGGAUCGAACCGUAUACCGCCAGGGAAAGUGACACAAUGACUGGACAGAAAUGCAACGAUCAUUUUCGUAUUCUCGAACCACGGGAUACGGUCAAGUCAUACAAUUUGCGCUGAGCAUCCCCCGGCCAGGUAUCCCCGAAAGAAAUCACCUCCCGAACGAGACUCCCGCACAUGUAUAUGAGCACGAUUAAAGUAAUCAAUAAAACAACGACUUCAAAAUCA